ACAACGACAGCGCCGCUUUGCUGAUGCUAGGAUGCGGCAGCUCGACUGAGGGUUCGGCUCACUAUACAAUUGUGAAGUUCUAACUCGGAGGUCCUGUUGGUUGUACGUUCGCCAGCCGACGGGUCCGUCGUAGUGAGUCGUUCGAGUGAGCGAAACGAUCAAAAUUACGGCCGGUGACCAUGGCCGCCAACAUGUACCGGGUCGGAGACUAUGUCUACUUCGAAACCUCUUCCUCGACACCGUAUCAGAUAAGACGAAUCGAGGAACUCAUCAAAACUCCUAAUGGCAAUGUUGAGGCUAAGGUGAUGUGCUACUACCGGCGACGAGACAUAUCCUCGAACUUGAUCUCGCUCGCGGACAAACAUCAGUCCGUUGUGGAAGAGUUAGAAAAGUCGAAAGACAAGGAGAUCGAUCAAGCCAAGGAGUCCGCCAACAAAGAGACCAAGGACCCGGUGAAAGACCCUGCGAGAGACCCGAUCCAGGAAGCGCCAAAGGUCCUCGCAUCGCUAUCGGAAAAGGAGCGACAUCAGUUAAAACACCGAGAGUUGUUCCUCUCUCGUCAGAUGGAAACCCUGCCCGCGACGGCCAUUCGAGGGAAGUGCCAAGUUACUCUCCUGAACGAGACGGAAACAUUGGGAUCCUACCUCCACAAGGACGAUGCCUUCUUCUAUUCUCUCGUUUACGAUCCAGCGCAAAAAACUCUUCUAGCCGACAAAGGAGAAAUUCGCGUCGGUUCCAAAUAUCAAGCCGAGGUGCCACCGUGGGUUGCCCCCUCCGACCGAUCUCCGUCGCCCGAGAUCGAACGCGACACGCUCACAUAUUCCCCAGACCACGGGCUGGACGAUAAAACCAUCGACCAGUUUUUGGUCAUCUGCCGAUCCGUUGGAACAUUCGCUCGCGCUUUGGAUUGCUCGAGCAGUGUCAAGCAACCGAGUCUUCACAUGAGCGCAGCAGCUGCAUCGAGAGACGCGACGCUAUUCCACGCGAUGGACGUUCUCCAUCGACAGAAUUACGAUAUUAGCAAAGCAUUGUGUUCUCUGGUGCCGACGAGCGGUCCCGUCUUGUGCAGGGACGAAAUGGAGGAAUGGUCGGCAUCUGAAGCCAACUUGUUCGAGGAGGCUCUCGAGAGAUACGGCAAGGAUUUCAACGAUAUCCGCGCCGACUUCCUCCCCUGGAAAAGUCUCAAGAGCAUCGUCGACUACUAUUACAUGUGGAAGACGACCGACCGUUACGUUCAGCAGAAGCGUGUCAAAGCCGUCGAGGCCGAGUUCAAGCUCAAGCAAGUGUACAUUCCUAACUACAACAAAAACGAGUCGUCCUUGAGCAACUUGUCAAGUAGUCGUUUGUGCGAAAGUUGCUACACGAGCACCAGCGGUCAGUGGUACUCAUGGGGACCGGCUCACAUGCAAUGUCGGCUCUGCAGUCUGUGCUGGCCAUACUGGAAGAAGUACGGUGGCCUCAAGUUCCCGACGAAAAUGGAAGCUGUAGGAUCUGUUGACCUGUCGACGACCGGCAAUGGAGCCACUCUCAUUCCUUCGGCGAGUAGUUCCGCUCGAGGAUUGCCCGCGGCUGCGUUGGUUGGUCUACCUUCACCGAACCCUGGAGUUCCUCCUCUGGGAGCAGCCGCGAAUCUCGCUCUGGUUCAGCAGCUGGCGACCAUGAAGGACGGACCAUGCAGAUGUCCGAUGUGUGGCAAGGAGUUCAAACAGAAAGCUCACCUCGUCAGGCACUGCAUAACCAAUCACGGUCUGAACAUGAAUCUCCCGACGGCUGCGACCCCGAACCCCUGCAUGCCGUUGUCGUUGAUGCGGAGCUCGUCGCCGAGGCCCAUUGUGAAGACGAGGGCCGCCUUCUACCUGCAUACGACGCCUCAAACGAAGCAGCUUCGACGACAGUGCAAAGCCAUUAUCAAGCCCCGACACGCUGCCCGGAACCCGUUCUCGAGCGUGGAUUUAGCGACGAUCCGACUCGAGAUGCAAACGAAGCCCUUGGUCGGCAUCGUUCCGAAAAAAAUGAAGAACAGAGGACAUGUGGUCGACGUCUCGCAUCGUCUCGGAAUGCCCCAGAUACCGAAACCGGAGUUCCUGCUCCCCACACCACCGGAAAAAAUGUAUAAAGCAUUUCCCGAAGCCUUCCCUCACAAAGCUUCCUUGAAACGAGCGGCAGCCCAGGACGCCGCGAUCGCUGCCAAGCGAUUAGCGUUACAGAGCGACUUCUCGAAUACCCCGGUGCCAGCGAACCUGUCCGUUGCUAGUGUACCCGCGGCCGCUAUCAAGUCGACUAGAAAGCACAUCGGCAAUUGGAAUCCUACUCAGGGAAAUCAACCGGACGAUCAAUUUUUCAAAGCGACAUCAUCGAUCAAAAAAGUCCGAAAAACGAAACUCAGCCUCCUACAGAUACGUCGGUUCGCGCGUCGCGCGACGAAAUACGCUUUCAACAUGAAUAAGCCGAAUCUCGCUCCAUAGGUAGUGGGAAAGUCUCCCGACGCGAAAGUCUUCUUGUGAAGCGAGUGGGAAUAGCUGGGAUUUGGUACUGGUUUAUUUAGUGGACGACAGAAGAACUCACUCUUGUACUUAUUUAUAAAAACAAAACACGACGAUCCAUGACUUGGGGUAGGUCUUUGCUGAGUGCGCGAGACGUCGGCACGAGUAUAUAUAUAUAUAAAUAAAUAUAUGAAUAUAUAUAGAUAUAAAUGAACGGACGAAUAAAUGGAAGACUGCACCCCCCUCGAAUCGACCGAUUCUGAAUAAAAUAGACUCAACUGCUAUGGUGUUGAUACA